AUGUUCAUCGCCAAACCAGAACAUAUCGAGCAGGUGCUGAAGACGCAGUUCGACAACUUUCCCAAGAGCCAGCACAUUCACGACGUCUUCUUCGAUUUGCUGGGUGACGGCAUUGUCAUCACCAAUGGCGAGACGUGGAAGCGUCAGCGCCGCGUGCUUGUGAACCUCUUUAGCGCUCGUACGUUGCGGGAACACAUGACGCCGAUCUCGCAGAAGUACGUGGUGAAGCUACGUAGUAUUUUCGAGGAGGCCGCGGCGUCGAACAAGCCCAUGGACGCAUUCGGCCUCAUGCACCGCUACACGCUCGACGUGUUUGCGGAGAUCGGCUUUGGCACGGAGAUGCGCAUCCUUGAAGGUCAGUACGAACAGUUCGCCGAAGCCAUCGAAGAGUCGCAGUAUAUUGUGUCUGCACGGUUCAAGCAACCGGAUGCACUCUGGAAAACCAAGCGCUGGCUGAACGUCGGCAGCGAGAAGAAGCUGCGUCAUGCGAUUCAAGUCAUUGACGAGCACAUUAUGAGUAUUGUCUCGGGGGCGAUUCAGCGCCGUCAAGAGCGCAAUGAAGCGAUCAAGGCCGGCAAAGACGUUAAACCUGCAGAUAAGGACAUCGUGUCGAUUAUCCUGGACUCUAUGGAGUCUUAUAACCAGGUCGUGGACCCCGUUGAGGUGCGCAACAUUGCCGCCGCCGCACUGAUCGCAGGGCGCGAUACAACGGCGGAUGCUUUAGGCUGGCUGCUCCACGUACUGAGCGAGAACCCACGCGUGGAGGCGAAGCUGCGUUCAGAGCUGUUGAAACACAUGCCUAAGCUUUCUACUGACGCUACGUACGUCCCCGCCGUUGAAGAGCUGAAUGAAGUGCCGUACCUUGAGGCAACGAUCCGUGAAUUGCUUCGCAUCUUGCCGGCCGGCCCGUUGAUCGCUACGCAUUGUGCCCGUGACACGGUGUUCCCGGAUGGCACGUUCGUGCCCAAGAACACGGAUAUCGGCAUCGCAUUCUACACGACCGGUCGUCUCACGAGCGUCUGGGGUGAAGACGCGUUGGAGUUUAAGCCUGAGCGUUUCCUUGACGCGCAGACCGGUGAGGUCGCCAAGGUGUCAUCGUCCAAAUUCUGUGCGUUCAGCGCUGGCCCGCGCAUCUGUGUGGGACGCAACCUGGCGUUCCUUGAGAUGAAGAUCGUGAUCGCUAACAUCGUGAGCCGCUUCCACCUCGUACCGGAGCCAGAUCAACCGAAGCCCACGUACACACAAGGUAUCACGCUGGGCAUGCAGACUCCGCUCAUGAUGCGCGUCGAGGCCAUGGCAUCACAACAGAGGGGUGUUGUGGCGUAG